AUGCGACCUCCAUGUCUGUGGCUGCUGCUUGUCGCGCCCGUGGCCUGGGCGGCGGCGCCGUUUUCGUGCGCGAGCGUCGACGUGCAGGGCCGUGGUCGUGCGGUGGACGUGAGCUCGGCGUUUCAGCGUGGGCCGCUCACUGCGAGUACGACGCGGUCGACGCCGCCCUCGCUGAGUAUGAUCAACGUCACGAUGGACCUGUGCAAGCCGCUGCCGCGCGUGCCGGGAGCGGGGGCUGAGGACCAGUGCCCCGAUGGGACGAACGUGUGCAUGAUCGCAUCGAGUCGGCGGGCCGGCCUGGACGACCGGAUCGAGCAGGUCGUGCCGAGCGCCGGCACGGACGCGGGCUUGAUCCUGGACGCUGCGCAGCCGUACGAGCUGCGCUUCCGUGGACGCACUUGGUCUGAUACCACACAGAGCACGCAGCUGCACAUGCUCUGUGACAAGCGCUCCGAGCUGAGUGUGGCGUCGUACGAUGCGAUGCGUGGCGUCCUCACGCUGACGUGGCGCACGCCGCUGGCCUGCUCCGCCCCACGCAAGGCGCAGCGACGUGGCUCUUCGCUGGGAUGGUGGAUCGCGUGCAUCGCUGUCCUGUACGUGGCCGUGGGUAUGUGGUACAACUACCAGCACUAUGGCGCGAGGGGAUGGGACAUGCUGCCGCACCGCGACGCAUGGCGCGACGUGCCGUAUUAUGUGCGCGACCUGUCGCGGCACAUGACACGCGCCGCCGGCGGAUCGGCGCCGCGGUCCGGGUACGAGGCCGUCUAG